AUUUGAACGAGCUAGAGGGGUGUUUCGUCCAAGCCACCAAGUUCCGCUUCUGUGUGGAUCCUGGAAGAGAUUUGGGGAUAUAAAAUCAAGGAACUCUGUUAUGCAGCACUUUUGAGUUCAUCUCGUGAAUGUCAUCAACUUCAUGACACAUUAAUUAGCCCCAUGUUCUAAUCACGCGCAAACAAGAGAGAGUACUUGUGUCUCACUGAAACCUCAAAAUAAUUCCUCACCCAGUCUCUCUGUCACUUCUACCGGUGGCGCGAGCCACACAACGCAACCAUGGCCGGCGACGAUCAGCGCGCGCUACAGUAUGAACAAACUUUGAUGUAUGGUCGCUACACACAGGAGUUGGGGGCGUAUGCUAAAGAAGAGGCAGCUCGCCUGAGGGAGGAGGGGGGUUGGAGGCGCUCGGUCAGAGAACGCUCACGCUCUCUGGAACUUUUGGAGUACGACAGGAGCCGCUGUGCCAAGUGUCGCAUCUGUACGGUGCGCUGUCAGAAGUUCCUCAUCUCUCGUGUUGGUGAAGACUGGAUCUUCCUCAUCCUCCUGGGUCUAUUCAUGGCUCUGGUCAGCUGGGUGGUCGACUUCGCUAUUGCCAUCUGUCUACAAGCACAGAAGUGGAUGUACGGAGGCCUGGAGAGUAAUGUGUUCCUCCAGUACCUAGCCUGGGUCACCUACCCUGUGGUGCUCAUCACCUUCUCAGCUGGCUUCACACAGAUACUGGCCCCACAGGCCGUAGGUUCAGGUAUCCCAGAGAUGAAGACCAUUCUGAGGGGUGUAGUGCUGAAAGAAUACCUCACCUUUAAAACCUUUGUUGCUAAAGUCAUCGGUCUCACCUGUGCCCUGGGCAGUGGCAUGCCUCUGGGCAAGGAGGGUCCGUUUGUUCACAUUGCCAGUCUGUGUGCUGCACUCCUCAGCAAAUUCAUGUCUCUGUUUGGUGGAAUCUACGAGAAUGAGUCGAGAAACAUUGAGAUGUUGGCAGCUGCCUGUGCUGUGGGGGUGGGCUGCUGUUUCGCUGCCCCUAUAGGAGGUGUGCUGUUCAGUAUUGAGGUAACGUCUACGUUCUUUGCGGUGAGGAAUUACUGGAGAGGGUUCUUCGCUGCCACCUUCAGUGCCUUCAUCUUCAGAGUCCUGGCCGUGUGGAAUAGAGACGAGGAGACCAUCACAGCUCUGUUUAAAACCAGUUUCCGUCUGGACUUCCCCUUUGACCUCCAGGAGCUCCCAGCCUUCGCUGUCAUUGGUAUUGCCAGUGGUUUUGGUGGGGCAUUGUUUGUCUACCUGAACAGAUUGAUAGUCCAGUUCAUCAGGAAACAGAAGACCAUCAACAAGUUCCUCAUGAAGAAGCGUCUGCUGUACCCAGCCCUGGUCACUCUGCUGGUGUCUACGCUAACCUUUCCCCCCGGCUUCGGACAGUUCAUGGCAGGCAAGCUUACCCAGAAGGAGUCUCUGGUGACGUUGCUAGAUAACCGGACAUGGGCCAAGCAGGGCAUAGCCGAGGGGUUUGACUACAUCGGCAACUCCCAGGCCUGGAAUCACCCCCAGGUCAACGUCUUUGUUACCCUCGUUCUCUUCAUCGUCAUGAAGUUCUGGAUGUCUGCUCUGGCUACCACCAUCCCUGUGCCCUGUGGAGCCUUCAUGCCUGUCUUCGUCAUUGGGGCAGCGUUUGGCCGUCUGGUCGGGGAGAGCAUGGCCGCCUGGUUCCCUGAUGGCAUCCACUCUGAUGGCACCAUCUACCCCAUAGUGCCAGGAGGGUAUGCCGUCGUGGGUGCGGCGGCCCUGUCUGGAGCGGUGACCCACACGGUAUCGACGGCGGUCAUUGUGUUUGAGCUGACGGGUCAGAUCAGCCACAUCCUGCCGGUGAUGAUAGCGGUGAUACUGGCCAACGCCGUGGCCCAGUCCCUCCAGCCCUCGCUAUAUGACUCCAUCAUCAGGAUCAAGAAACUACCGUACCUCCCUGAGCUGGGCUGGGGACACCACGAGAAGUAUAAUAUUCGUGUGGAGGACAUCAUGAUCAGGGAUGUGAUGUACAUCACCCUCAACUGCUGCUACAGAGACCUGCAUGAUGUACUGCUGACUGGACACCUCAAGACCCUAGCCCUGCUCGAGUCCAGUGAGUCGAUGAUCCUGCUGGGCUCUAUUGAGCGUGCCCAGCUCCAGGCCCUCCUGUCCCUACAGCUGGGCCGGCCACGGAGGCUAGAGUACCUGAGAGACCGGGCUACUGCUGAGAAGAAGCGCCUGUCGAUGGUCUCCCACCCGGGCAGCGAGGAUGGCUCCCAAAGGGUUAACCAGGAGGUUCGGUUCCAGAUCUCCACAGAGGAGUCUUCCUUCAGUUCCACCCCUACCCCCUCCGUGAAGCCACUGAAGCCGGCCCUGAAGAGACCCUCUGUGGUGGACCGCCCUCCUGAUAUACCCAUGCCCACAAGUCCACUGGACCACUCUGGCAACACCUUAAAGAAUCUCUUCUGUGUCAACCCUGAGACAGAAGGCCUGGAGAACAACAAUGUCAACAUCAACAUAAAGGGCACUGCAUCGAGCUCUGCGUCUGCUGAGUUAAGGAGGCCACCCAAGCGCAUCAGGAUAUCCGUUGUGGAUGACUUCGAUGUGGAUGAUGACAUGACCAUCAGAGAGAUUGCAGAGUGGGAGGAGAACCAGCUUGACGAGCAGGUGAACUUUGACAACUGCAAGAUCGACCCCGCCCCCUUCCAACUGGUGGAGCGCACCUCACUACAUAAGACCCACACCAUCUUUUCUCUGCUGGGGUUGGACCAUGCCUACGUCACCAGCAUUGGACGACUCAUCGGAGUGGUGUCCCUCAAAGAACUGCGGAAGGCCAUCGAGGGGUCUGUGGCAGUGAAGGGGGUGAAAGUGCGCCCCCCUCUGUCCAGUUUCCGGGACAGUGGCACCAGCGGCAGCAGCAGCAGCAAUAGCGAGAACGAAGCCACAGAGCUCCACAAGCUGUGGGACCGUCACAAAUCCAUGUCCCUCCCCCGGGAGCACCUGGCCUCCGACUCUGACGAGAAGUUCCAGUGAGGGGGAUGGGGACAGAUUUUUGGGAGAGGUAUAUUGGAUGGGGAUUGGGACAGGUUAAUGUAGACAGGUAUAUUACCGAGGAGUAGGAUGAGCGUUGAUCCCCCCCCCCCCCACCCACUUAAAAACCACUACCGAUGCUGCAACCUCAUAGCUUGGAUCAAUAUUUAAUUCUGGAAUAUAGAGUUCUCGCUUCCUCUUCUUCCUCUCCUAACCUUCCUCUCCAUCCCUUUCUCCUUUACCCCUCCUCCUGGUUGGCCUUUGGGCCCUACACUUACUCAGCUCUUAUGGAGGAGGGAUUGACUCACCACAGACUGGACCCUGCUCUCCACUAGGCUUGAGGGGGGGCCCACAACAGAAUAGAUCUGUGUGUUAGGGAGGGGAGAGGAGUUAAGGUGUCACUGCUUAACAAAGUUUGUCAGAACAAAAUGUAUAGAGUGUGUUUUGACUGUAAAAGGGAUUGCAUUUUCUUUUUUUGCCUAAUUUGGUAUUGGUGAGGAAAUGUUCAGUUUGUUUGCAUUUUGUGGACCUGUAAACGUUUCUGUAAACCAGUCUUCCAUAUGCAGACGGUUCAACAGUGACAAGCAGAUAGACUUGUGUACCGGUAUGGAUGUGAGUGUAUGUAUUGAGUGCAUGGACGCAUUGGUUGGUAUGUAUUUACACGAAGAAAGUAGUGAAACCAACCACCUGCUUUAAUUCCUUUGUGAUUUGAAUCUUCUUAUCAGACACAUUUCAGUCUUAUCAUUUCAGCAGUGUUCUAGUUUGUUCCCAUCUGUUUUAGUGACCUGGAAAUAAGUAACCUAGUGGUUAGAUCAUUGGGCCAGUAACCGAAAGGUCCCUGGUUCGAAUAUCCGAGGCAACUAGGUGAAAAGUCUGUAUCUUUGAGCAACACUUAACCCUAAUUUGCUCCAGGCGUGCCGUACUACUAUGGCUGACCCGGUAAAACAACACAUAUCCCUGCAACUAUCUGGUGUGUAUGUAUGUGACAAUAAAAUGUCUUUUUUUUCACCUUG